AUGCAAAGUACAAAAUCAGUUUAUCUUGAUAAUAAUGCUACUACCAUGGUUGAUCCAGAAGUGUUAAAUAGUAUGCUUCCAUAUUUUAGUGAAAUUUAUGGUAAUCCAAAUUCACUUCAUGCAUUUGGUCAAAAAGCUAGAAAAGCACUUUCAGAUUCAUUAGAUAUUAUUUAUGAAUGUAUUGGUGCAAGUGAUGAUGAUACUGUUUUAAUUACUGCUAAUUCUACAGAAGGAAAUAAUACUGUAUUAAAGACUAUGUUAGCACGUUAUGAAACAAUGAAAGGGAGAAAUAAAAUUAUUGUUUCUCAAAUUGAACAUCCAUCAAUUAGUGAAUCUGAGAAAUAUUUAAAAGAAAGAGGUAUUGAAGUUAUUAAAAUGCCUGUAAAUGAAGAUGGUGUUGUUGAUCCUAAAGAUUUAGAAAGACUAAUUGAUGAUAAAACAGCUUUAGUUAGUUGUAUGUGGGUAAAUAAUGAAACGGGUUUAAUUAUGCCAGUUGAAGAAUUAUGUAAAAUUGCACAUGAUCAUGGUGCACUUUUCCAUUCUGAUGCAACUCAAGCUAUGGGAAAAAUUAAAGUUAGUGUUAAAGAUGUUCCUGUUGAUUAUUUAACUUUUACUGCUCAUAAAUUCCAUGGUCCAAAAGGUGUUGGUGCUUUAUUCAUUAGAGCAGGUAAACCAAUUACACCAUUAUUACAUGGUGGAGAACAAAUGGGUGGUUUAAGAUCUGGUACAAUUGAUACACCAAGUGUUGUUGGAAUGGCUGUAGCAUUAAAGAAAGCAACUCAUGACAUUAAUAUUGAAAACACUUAUGUUAGAAAAUUAAGAGAUAAACUCGAAGCUGCUCUUAGAACUAUUCCUGAUGUUACUAUCGUUGGUAAACCAGAAUUAAGAGUCCCUAAUACUAUUCUAGUUGCUUUUAAAGGUGUUGAAGGUGAGGCUAUGUUAUGGGAUCUUAAUAAACAUGGUAUUGCCGCUUCUACUGGUAGUGCUUGUGCUUCUGAAUCACUUCAAGCUAAUCCAACAUUUAAAGCAAUGAAAUUUGGUGAAGACUUAUCUCAUACUGGUAUUCGUUUAUCCUUAUCUCGUUUUAACACUGAAGAAGAAAUUGAUUAUACUAUUGACAUUAUUAAGAAAUCUGUUGAUCGUCUAAGACAAUUAUCAUCAACAUAUGCUUAAACUUUAUUUGUUAAAGGAUUUACUUUCCUAUUAUC